UCUCAUUCUCAAAUAAAAGUCGUAUAUCCUAGGAUUGGGGAUUCUUUUUUUUUUUCUUUUGUUUAGGAAAUUUAUCAAUUUUUUCCUGCCCAUUUGAGUUGUAAAACAUAGUGGUUGGAAGUUGACAAACUACUUGGCAUCAUGCAAAAUUUCACUUGCAGACAAAGUGUAAGGUUCAAGCACUUGAGAUAUCUAUGUAUGGUUCCCCCAUAGAGAUUAGAAAUGAAGACUUUAAAAGGUUGCCGAACCUAAGAUUCCUCGAUUUAAAAUAUGGAACUUAUGUUGGGGACUUUGCAAGGUGUCAUUCAAAUUUGAGAUGGUUUUCUUGGAGUUGGGAGGAUCAUGGGAUGAAUAAACUCGAUUUGGAUCAUGGGAUGAACAAACUCGAUUUGGAUUUUAGGGCAAGCAAUUUGUAUUUGGAUAAGCUUGUUGUUUGUAAACUUCACGGCCUUGACUUCAAGGAUGAUUCAAAAGCAUGGGACUUGAUCAAGAGAGCAAAAAAUUUGAAAGUUCUAUCUAUUACUUGGUGUUCUGGCAUAACGACAAUCCCAAACAUCUCUAGAUGCUCAGCUUUAAAGAGAUUGACUCUUGUUCAAUGCUCCAGUCUAAAGAGAAUUGAAAGCUUCAUUGGAGAUCUACAAUCCUUGAUUGAGUUAAAGAUUAUAGAUUGCUUGAAUUUAAUUGAUUUGUCAAAAGAAGUGGGGGCACUGGUGAAGCUCAAUACUUUCUCCUUGCGGCAUUGUAGAAGGUUGAGAGAACUUCCAGACUCACUUGGGAAUUUGACCUCAUUGAAAGAGUUAGAUUUGUUAGAGAUUAUCCAUUCCUUUAGAAUUAAGGAAGCUGCGGAAGGAAGUGGAAUCUUUGUCAAGCCCUAG